AUGCAAAGGAACGAACUAAAUGUCGAGGUGAAAGGAGUGGCCACCCAGUCAUCACUGUAUGGGCAUGGCCAGGCUAACAAUGCCAUUGAUGGCAACAGAGACUCAAACUCUCACAAAAUAUCCUGCACACCCACUGAACAGGAGACCAACCCCUGGUGGAGAGUGGACCUGCUGGAUCUGUACAGAGUGACAGCUGUCACCAUCACCAACCCCUGGUGGAGAGUGGACCUGCUGGAUCUGUACAGAGUGACAGCUGUCACCAUCACCAACAGAGGAGAUGUUGUUCCUGAGAGACUUGCUGGUGCUGAGAUCCGUAUUGGUAACUCACUGGAGAACACUGGCAUCAACAACCCCAGGUGAUACCUAGACAUCUGUACACUUUUAUGUCCUGUCUUGAAGGUAUUGGAUACAUUGGUCUUCAUCCGUGCUUCUGU